AUGCAAAAAACCAAUAAAAACAGUGCGGGAACGCUGCGUUCACAUUCAAAACUAUGCUCGCAAGUGUCGUCUAGAGCGUUGCGGUCAGUGCGCUGCGUGUCACCCUGCGGAUCUUACUCAAGCGGCAAUUCAAAACAGAGUUUUCAGUUUCGAAUUUCUGCAAAUAAUUUUAAGUUUCAGCCCGUUCCUCCGCAAAAAUGCCAGCCGUCUUCUCAUUGGUGCUCGAUUCGAUGUGCAAUAAUAAUUGUUAAUAAUUUUUUUGUUUUCAUGUAUUAUAUUUUUCUUGUUCUUGUGAAUGUUUGUAAUAAUAAUUUGUUAAUUUUUUACUAUUCUUCGAUCUUCAAAAGAAAACGUUUUCAGCGUUUUUAA